UGGAACGUUAUCCAAUCUCAUCAUCAAACUCUCCAAGGCUCCAUCAUAGAAAGACCUAUGUCCCAGAAUUUACGACAUAUACAGCAUCAUGGAUAAAGGAAAGAAUCUCAGGAGGCGUAACAAAAGCCGGGUGAGUGGUGCUGAGCCUGGGCUGCUUGACGGGAGGCAGGAGCUGCGCCCGUGGGGCAGAGCCUGGGAGGUGGACUGGUUUUCACUCUGCGGAGUGAUUCUGCUUCUGUGUUUGGCCCCCUUCAUCGUCUUCUUCUUCGUCAUGGCCUGUGAUCAGUAUCAGUGCUCCAUAAGCCUAGUCCUGCUCGACUUGUACAACGGAGAGGCUACCCCACUGAGCAUCUGGAACAAGGCCCCUUCCUUCUCAUGGACUAUUGCCAAGCUCUAUGCCUCCUGGGUUACCUUCCAGGUGGUGCUGUACAUGUGCAUUCCAGACGUUACCCACAAGCUGCUGCCAGGCUACGUGGGAGGGGUCCAGGAGGGAGCACGCACACCAGCAGGCCUGAUUAAUAAGUACGAGAUCAACGGCCUGCAGUGCUGGAUUAUAACCCAUACCUUAUGGCUGGCCAACCAUAACUAUUUUCACUGGUUUUCUCCAACCAUCAUCUUUGAUAACUGGAUCCCGCUGCUGUGGUGCACCAAUAUCCUCGGCUACAUCGUGGCCACGUUCGCAUUUGUCAAGGCCUACCUGUUCCCUACCAAUCCAGAAGACUGCAAAUUCACAGGAAACAUCUUCUACAACUACAUGAUGGGUGUUGAGUUCAAUCCCCGCAUUGGAAAGUGGUUUGACUUCAAGCUCUUCUUCAAUGGUCGUCCUGGUAUUAUAGCCUGGACCCUGAUUAAUCUGUCCUAUGCUGCCAAGCAGCAGGAGCUUUAUGGCUAUGUGACCAACUCCAUGAUCCUGGUCAAUGUACUGCAGGCCAUCUAUGUUCUGGACUUCUUCUGGAAUGAAGCCUGGUACUUGAAGACUAUUGAUAUCUGCCACGACCACUUUGGCUGGUAUCUGGGCUGGGGCGACUGCGUCUGGCUGCCUUUCCUUUACACACUGCAGGGCCUGUACUUGGUGUACAACCCCAUCCAGCUCUCUAGCCCUCACGCCGCGGCCGUCCUCGCGAUCGGCCUGGCGGGCUACUUCAUCUUCCGCUCCACCAACCACCAGAAAGACCUGUUCCGUCGCUGCGACGGCAAGUGCUCCAUCUGGGGCCGCGCACCUACGUACAUCGAGUGCUCGUACCGCUCAUCGGACGGCGGCUUCCACCGGAGCAAGCUGCUGACCUCAGGCUUCUGGGGCGUGGCUCGCCACAUGAACUACACGGGCGACCUGAUGGGGGCGCUGGCCUACUGCCUGGCCUGCGGCGGCGGGCAUCUGCUGCCAUACUUCUACGUCAUCUACAUGACCAUCCUGCUGGUGCACCGCUGCAUCCGCGACGAGCACCGCUGCAGCAACAAGUACGGGAAGGACUGGAGCCGCUACACGGCCGCCGUGCCCCGCCGCCUGCUGCCCGGGGUCUUCUAGAAAUGGGGCAGGCAGGCAGGGGGCAGAGGCCUCAUGCUCCUGAGCGACUGGCCGUUCUCGCUGUCUUGCUAGCAGUCGGAGCAUCUUUAACUAGCAGUUUUGGUUGAACCGCAGGUUUGAUUAACCCUGUCUACCUCAUUUUUGCUUCUCCGUGUGUGAGAAGGGUGAAGUGUGUAGGGAUGUUGUUUGGAUGACCUUGUUUGUUGGCCAAUUUGUAAUAUGUGUGUAUGCGUUUUCUUACUUUUGAAAACAACCACCUACAGAAUGCCAUUUUAUACAAAUGACUUGCAUACAUACACUAAUAUUGCACCUGUAAACAUUUUCCUGAAACCAUUCCCGUUUCUACUGAACAUCUAUUAGGCUUUCCUGGUUGGAAAGAAAUCAACAUUCUGUUUGAAUGAGGAGCUACAGGGCAAACUUACUUUAUAAACACUAUACUAUAUUUUUAUGUAUUGUGUAGUUGCUAUUUUAACCACCUGAAUGGACAGAUUCCAGAAAUAUUAACACUACUCAUUUUAAAUUGCACAAUAUCUGCACCUUCUUUUGUCUUUCAAAGCAUUAAAUGCCAACAUAAGAUGCUUCCAAGGUGUUAAAAAAAAUAAAUUAGAUAAUUUCUUUUAUUUUUUAUACCCUUUCUCUUUUUGGCAGCCGUAUCUGUAGUCGGAGCUCGAGGAACAGUGCCAGCAGAUGCCAUAGGGGUCUUGACCUUAAAAUAGGAUUGCUACCAGUGAUCCUAGACUGGUCCGGAGGAAACAAGAGCACACAGCUUCACAGGUCAUCCAGAAGAGCUGUCCUUUUUAUUGCCUAUAUUGUGAAUUGUGCUGAACAUUUGAGCAGUUGAUCAUGUUACAAAUUCUGAUGUUGACUCUCUGAAAGGUGCUAAAUUCUGAUGCCUACUCUCUGAGAGGUUUGCUUACAGGUUUUCUGUUGAGUCCAUGAACUCAGCUUCUCUCAGAAUGUGUUCCCCAAAGUUUUUCACCCAAAAGGUUACGCCCUCUGGUUCCAAGCCCUUGCUGUGUUCUUAUAACGACGAACCUGUUGUCCUCGUAUAUUGAAAACAUGUGCCAGCUCUUCCUCAAUAGGAUAAGUGAAUGCCCCGCCAAUCCCCUUAAAAAUCCCUGUAUUUCUCCGAAUUCCAACUUUAUAUCGCUAUUGAUCCGGGACGUCUUUGGGCUCGAGCCUCCAACUGUUUGAGCGCAGCCGCUAAACAUUUCUCCUCUCGAGCCACCAGAGUGGAGCACAAAAGUUGUUAGUCACAAGCUGCAAUUAUAAGCAUAACACUGUCAUAAAAUGUUUGCCUUUGUUUGAAAACCUUUUUCCCCCAAUAAUGUUAUCGAAGGGGAGCGGAGCAGAAAUGAUGAAGGCUAACAAUAUAUGAUUACAUUUUUCUAAGGACAGCAUGAUAACUAUAUCGGUCCACGUGUCCAUGUUCACUAACCCUAACCCUGUUUUAAGACAAGUCACCCAUCUAUAAAUGAACUCCUUUGCUUGUCAUUCAGUAACCUGAAAUGUGUCAAAUCACCAUAGCCUCCUCUUUAUCUUGUUUUCGGAAGAAAGUCUUCUAUCUUCUGCCUACGUGCAUAGUGUACGAGGAUACACUCGUGCCUGGUGGAUAUUCUAGUGUAACCUUUAAAGUGUCAGCAAUGCAAGCUGCAUUGUUUUAAUUAGCCUGGGAAAAAAUGCAUCAGGGAUAGUUUAAGCCCCAAAAGCGCACCCCUAACGACGCCCCUGAUUAUGACAUUAUUCCUCAAAUUGAUUUUAUUUCUUUAUUAGUGCACUAUGGAGACAGAAAGAUGCAACUUUUAAAAAAUAUUUCACUGAUUAUUUGAUGGUAUUGUUCCAAAGUAACAUUAUUAUGGUGAAUUGAAGUGUUAAGUAGUU